UAUAUAAAUUGAUUCAUUUCUCUAGUUUCGAUUAGUUUUCGUAGAACUUCGUUGGACGGCUCUUUAUCUCAAAAAAAUGUUUUUUCAAGUACCCGUUUACUUUUCCAUAAUAUUCAUAUUAGUUCAUGGAAAGGACUUAGACCCAGGUCCUCAAACAUUAUCAAUAACAAAUUUUUCAUCACCAACCAAAGCACACAGACAGUUUGCCACUAAGGACGCUAUAGUUUACUUAACGCCAAGUCAAAUAAAAGACCUUGAAUCUGGUGAAGCCGAACUAAGAUAUAUGGCACCCGAUCAAAUAACAAUUAACAAAUUCCCCAUCAAUCAGAGGGAACCUUAUCAAAAUCAAGAAUCGUUUCAUCGUCACCUUGAGAAUUUAAAUAUCCUAAAAGCACCGCUAAUACCAGAAACGCAGUUACCUUACAAUCAUGGGAAACUAGACGUAAAAUUAAGCAGAGAAACAACAGCAAAAUAUUCUCAAAGUUUGGCCAAUUUCAGGGUCUACGAACAUGAGCCACUGAAUCUUAUUAAUAAACAGACAGACUGGAGGCCCAUUAUUCCCGUAAAUAUUUUACGUCAACAAAACAUAUAUGCUAUACCUAUAGAACAAACUGAAAACUUCGAUCUAUUUCGAAUACUUGGAGGACAUAAAACACUACAAACUACCGUAAAGCAUUCGCUUGCAACGCCAGCUCUAAUAGUACCUUAUGAAAAGGUCACCCAGCUGCAUCCAGUUUCUGAUGAAAAUAUUAAACAUAUUCAACAAUUACCAGCCGUAAGAGAUCAAACUCAAAACGAUAAACAAAGUUUUAAAGGAAAUGUAUUUAUAAAUGUUGAUAGUCCACAUUUGCGUGCUUGGAAAAAAUAG